AUGCUUCGAACAACAAUUAGACAAUUUUCAUCAAAACCCACGUCUUUACGUAAUGUAGCUGUUGUUCUUAGUGGUUGUGGAGUUUAUGAUGGAAGUGAAAUUCAUGAAGCAUCAGCAUGUUUAGUUCAUUUAAGUCGUCAUUCAGCAUCCGUACAGAUAUUUGCACCAGAUAUGCAACAAAAACAUGUUAUUAAUCAUUUAACUGGUGAAACAAUGCCUGAAACACGUAAUGUUCUUGUUGAAAGUGCUCGUAUAGCGCGUGGUGGACAAAGUAUUUCAUCGCUUGAUAAACUUCAAGUUAAUCAAUUUCAAGCAAUUAUUUUACCGGGUGGAUUUGGAGCAGCAAAAAAUCUAUCAACAUUUGCUUUUGAUGCUGAUAAAAUGACAAUUGAUAAGAAUUUAGAAAAAAUUUUAAAAGAUUUUCUUCAUAGUAGAAAACCAAUUGGAAUGUGUUGUAUUUCACCAGUUAUAGCAGCAAAAUUAAUACGAAAUGUUCAAUUAACAUUAGGAAAGAUGAAAAAUUUAAAUGAAAAUGAUGCAAAAAAUUUAUUUCCUUAUUCCGGCUCUGUAUUAACUGCAAGACAAAUGGGCGCUGAUACACAAGAAUGUGAUAUUAAUGAAAUAUGUGUUGAUGAACGUCAUCGACUUGUUAGUACACCUGCAUUUAUGAAAAAUGCUCCAUUUCAUGAAGUCUUUGAUGGUAUUGGACUUAUGAUUGAAAAAGUUAUUCAAAUGAUCGGAACCACUAAAUAA